UUGUCCCUUCUCGCAUACUGUAGAGACGUUGACAGCUGCUUACGGUAAACAUGGCCGAAAAAAGCAUUCCCGAAAGCGAGGAUGAAAACAUUUUAUAUGAUUUGCUUAUUAAUACUGAAUGGCCGCCCGAGACGGACACUCAGAUACGAGGCAACAAGGAGCACAGUACAUCAGUUAUUGCGAAGGCAGUAGCAGGGCCAUUCCGGUUCAUUUUACACUAUUUGUGGUAUAGUCCUUCGAGCUCCUCUCUGCCGCCUGGACUCAUUCGCCUGGCCAGCAAGCAGAUCAACUGGCAACUGGUCCUGGCAAGUAAUGGCAAAUUAUUGGCAGUGGUUCAAGACCAGUGUGUGGAGAUAAGGUCUGCCAGAGAUGACUUUGGCUCCAUCAUCGGAAAGUGCCAAGUGCCAAAGGACCCCAGUCCCCAGUGGAGGAGGGUGGCCUGGAGCCACGACUGCGCCCUGCUGGCCUACGCCGACAGCACCGGCACCGUCCGGCUCUUCGACCUGAUAGGCAGCGAACUCUUCCUCAUCCCCCCGGUGGUGAGCUUUCCAGGAGAUUUCAGCUAUGCGGCGGCAGGCCUGAUAUUGCUGGAGUGCACGGCCGGAGCCCAGUGGUCGGCCGAGCUGCUCGUCAUCACCUACGGGGGCGGGCUCAGGAGCUACCUAGUCAGUGUUGGGGCCAAUCCCAGCUUCCAGGAGAACCACAGCUUUAGCUUCUCAACCCACUACUCCCAUGGGAUCACCUCUGCCAUCUACCACCCCGUCCACCGACUCUUGCUGGUGGGGGGGUGUGAGGCAGGAGAUGAGAGUGUGCCCAUGGCCUCCGGCUGCGGGAUCACAGCGUGGAGGGCUCUGUCUGGUGCUCCACACUACAAACAGGUCACCAGCUACGAGGAGCACGUCAACACAACCCAGAAGAGGGGCUACUUCAAGAUCCCCAGCUUCAGGUUGUUCUCCAGGCAAGGCGAUGAGAAGGACGGUGUGUUCCGCAUGAGCCUCAGCCCUGACGGCGGCGUGCUGGCCGUCAUCCACUUCUCUGGACGCCUGUCACUCUGGGAGAUUCCCUCCCUCAGACAGAAGGCUGCCUGGAGCCAGGACCAGCAGCCAGGAUUUGAGGAGAUCAACCCCGAGUGGAAAACUUCGCUGGAGAAAAGGAAGAAAAUAAAAGACAAGGAGCAGUACUAUCCGUUGAUGGACGUCAACUGGUGGAGCGAGGACAUGCUGAUCCUGGCCCGCUGCUCUGGCUCGCUGACCGUCUCCUCGGUGCGCUCGCUGCGCAACCUGCUGGGCAAGUCGUGCGAGUGGUUUGAGCCGUCGCCGCGCCUCACCCCCGCGCACGGCGGCGGCUUCCUCAGCCUGGAGUGUGAGGUGCGGCUGGCCCCGAAGCGCGGGCGCCUGGAGAGCUCCCAGAGCACCGGCUCGAGCCACGGCGGCGACGACGAGUACGGCGACUCGGACUCGGACGACGAGUCCUCGGCCAAGGCGCGCUACUUCGGCUACAUCAAGCAGGGCCUGUACUACGCCACGGAGAUGGAGCGCUUCGCGCCGCCGCGGAAACGCCCGCGCACCGUGCUGAAGAACUACCGGCUGGUCAGCCUGAGGUCCACCACCCCGGAGGAGCUGUACCAGAGGAAGAUUGACAACGAGGAGUACGGGGAGGCCCUGUCUCUCGCCCACGCCUACAACCUGGACUCUGACCUGGUCUACCAGAGACAGUGGAGGAAGAGCACUGUCAGCAUCGCGUCCAUACAGGACUACCUGGUAAGAGAGGGAGAGGACAUGAGACCUAGAAUAGGAGAGAGACAAAGUGAGCGAGAGGGAAAGAUGAAGAGUGUUUGGAGUAUUCUCUUCUUUUGUCAACAGAAGCUCAUCAGUGACCCGGACCAGCUGAUGUCGGUGGCGUUGGAGUGCAUCUACAGCUGCGAGCGAGACAACCAGCUCAGCCUCUGCUACGACAUCCUCGAGUGCCUCCCUCAGAGGGGCUACGGGCCAGAGACGGACAUCACAGCCUCACUGCACGACCUGGUGGACCGACUCGAAAAGCACCUCAGUGUGUCCGAGGUGCUGGAGAAGCAUGGCCUCCAGAAGCCCAUCUCCUACGUGAGGAACAGCGAGAGCAGCCUGGAGGAGGCCCACCAGCUGAUGGUCAAACUCUGCCGGCACACCGGCCGCAAAAACCCACCGGUCAGUGAGACGGUGUGGAGGGGAGUUCUGCAAGACCUGCUGGACAUCCAGCAGAGCGUGUACACCUGUGUGACGCCAGAGACCUGCCAUCAGGUCUUCGUGGAGUCCCUACUGUGCUCGAGCCGCGUGGAGAACCUGCGCCUGGCGGGGCAGCUGAUGCACUGCUCCCAGGUCAGCCAGGACGUGCCGGCGAGCGUGUCCUACCGGGGGAAAGGUCCCGCGCUGAGGGUGGCUUAUGACCAGAGCGUGGAGCUAGUGCUGGCAGCCGCCCGCGAGUACUUCAACUCCUCCACCUCGCUCACCGACUCCUGCAUGGGCCUGGCAAGGGCUUGUCUCCAGCUGAUCACAGACGGCCCGCCGGCUGUCCAGGAGGAGCUGGACCUCAUCAGCGCCCUCUGCCAGCUGGAGGACUUUGGCGUCAACAUCCUACCAUUGCAAGUGCGUCUGCGGUCUGACCGCCUGUCUCUGGUGAAGGAGUGCAUCGCCCAGUGUCCCACAGCCUACAGGCAGUCCACCACCCUCCUCCAGCUGGCCUGGUUGCUGCGUGUUGCAGGGGACGAGGCAGACCAGCGCAAGGGGCAGGUGUUAACUCUCCUGGCUGAGCAGGCUGCCCAGUGUCUCGACUACAAGGCCUCCUACAUCCACUGCCAGGACCUCAUGGCGGCAGGCUUUAGCCCGGCCUGGGAGGUGGUGAGUGUGCUGGGACAGUGUGAGGGCUACGGGGACCUGGCGGCCCGGCAGGAGCUGCUGGCCUUCAGCCUCACCCACUGCCCCCCCGACAGCAUCCACGGUCUGCUGGCUGCUUCCAGCGACCUGGCCACCCAGAUGUUGUACCAGGCCGUCAACCAUCAGAUGGAGCCUAAUGUCACCCCAGCAACACCAGAGGCAGAGGACGCUUCCGCUACACAGCCCGGACCCCCAUCUGCUGGCUCCUCGGGGGGCCGGGCGGGGGACCUGCUCCAGCGGACCACCGCCACCACCAUGAAGGUGCUGACCACCACGGGGAUGACGACCAAGGCAGUGCUGACCGCGGUGGGCGACCACCGCUGGUGGAAGGACUCGCUCAACUACCUCCGCCCGCUGCAGGGUCCUGGCGCGGGGUCCGGCGGCCAGGGGGCGGGGCUUGACAACGCUGGGCUGGAGAGACAGGCCUGCGGACCCUUCUACCAGGAGCUCCACCACAACCCCUACAUAGACCCGAGUCAGGACGUGUAUGCAGGCUGCAGCGGCGUGCCCCAGGAGAACUUUGCUGAGGUGCUGCUGAGGACGGGGAAGCUGGCUGAGACCAAGACCGAAGGGGGCACCCUGUUCCCCGCCACCGAAGUGUUGCUGCAGCUGGCCAAUGAUGCAUUCCCGAGAGACAUGACACUUGCCCUGUCUUAUUUACUAGCCUUGCCUCAGGUGUUGGAUGCAAACAAGUGUUUCGAGAAGCAGGCCCACUCCGGGCUGUCCCUGCAGCUGGCAGCCUACUACUACUCCCUGCAGAUCUACACCCGUCUGGCACCCUGCUUCAAGGACAAGACCAACGCGCUCUACCAGGUGGACCCCAAGGAACUGAUUCGAUUGGUCACAAAGCACGUGUCGCAGCGCUCCGAUUGGCCAGAGGAUCUCGGCGACAUGAUAGGCCAGCUGCUGGUGUACAAUGAGCGCAUGACAGACUUCACCCAGGCCCAGGUGUUACAAGGUCUGGGCAGGGGCGUGGACGUUCAGCGAUUCAGCUCCGACUCAGAGUACAAGAAGGCCACCAUCUUGGGACUCGCUGAGACCCUGGAUGACGCGGUGUACAGGAUCUCUCUGUCCCUGGCUCAUCGCUACAGUGUCCCUCUGUGGGAGGUCUGCAUGACUCACCUGGAGUUCCUCUUCACGGAUAGCGGGUAUGCAUGCACGCACCCAUACACAAAAAACAUACAAAAACGUACAAAAAAAAGGUACAAACGUUUACAACACACACUCACACACACACACACAUACACACCUCCAGGGCAUGUAUGGUGGAUGGAUACGCUGACAUACGCAUGCAACCAUACAUACAUACGUACAUACAUAACAAAGACGCAAAAGUUGUCAUUCUCACUGGCGCACACACAUUCAAAGGGCAUCGAGUCAUUGCUUAUUGCAAGUGGCGACAGCGCGGUGACCUCUGACGACCUGCUGGCCUGGCUGCGUCCGUUCUGCGGCGACGCGUCUCUGCCGGUGCGGCCGCGGAUCAGCGUGCUGCAGACGCUGGAGAACAGCUUCAGCCUGCGGGACGCCGACGUCCGCCUGCUGCUGCUGUACCGCACCCGCGCCGUGCUCCAGGAACGACCGGUGGAGAUGGAGGACGUGGAGACGGAGGACGAGCGCUACCGCCUCUUCCUGGACCUGCUCGGGAGCGCCCGCAAGUGGGAGGAGUUUCAGCAGCUUAUGCUCCUCCUCCAGGCCUGGCCGCCCAUGACGAACGAGGAAGUGGUGGGAACGGAGCGUAACCCCUGGGUGGUCCUGAGCUCGGCACUGCUGGCGCUGUCCCAGAGCCCGGAGGUGCAGGUGGACCUGGGUCAGGAGGUCCUGUCCAUGGUCCGAUCCCUCUACAGGACCAAGCACAAGCUGCCCGCACAGUGCGUGGGCCACAUGGCGGCGGAGCUCCAGGGCCAGACGGGCCUCCAGCAGCCCGCCCUCAAGCUCAUGGCGGAGAGCGGCGACGCGAGGCUGCUGCUGCUCACCCAGGACCAGAUCAACAGCAUGAGCGAGGUGGGCGGAGCAUACACACACACACACACACACACGCACACACACACACACACACACACGCACACGCACACGCACACACAGAGACAAACACACGGACACAGACGUGCACACACACGCACGAACAGACACAGACACGCACAGACAGACAGGCAGGCAGGCAGGCACGCACACAGACACACAGACACACACACACACACACACACACACACACACACACACACACACACACACACACACACACACACACACACACACACACACACACACACACACGCACACACGCACACACACACAGACGUGCACACACACACACGAACAGACACAGACACGCACAGACAGACAGGCAGGCAGGCAGGCACGCACACGCACACAUACACACACACAUACACACAGACACACACACACACACACACACACACACACACACACACACACACACACACACACCCAUUCACAUAUGAAUACGAACAGACACACACACACACACACUGA